GCCCUUCACACAGGAUCUUUGACUCGAGAUCCAAUCAUGAACGGGGGAAUAUCCAUCCAUUCCAGCCGCAGCGCGCGUUGACCCACCGCAAUGCACGCACGCGCCGCCGUUUGAUGGUGACGAAUCAUCUCGGCGUGCCAAAAUUUCCAAUUUAUUUUUUUUUUGUUCAUGAUCUAUUCAUCUCAUUUUUAUCACCAGGUUUUCCAUGGAGAUCAUUGUGGUUUUCCCGCGAAAUCCUUCUUCUCGUCGGGCGAUUCGCCGCUAAUAUCAACUCUAUCCUUCUCCAAAUUUUUCUUUUUUUUUCCCAGUGGUGGUGUUACACUGACAGCUCGCUCGCCAGUUGACGCUUCCACGGAAGGCGCAGCAGAGUAGCCGGCUAAGCCGCCGCCGCCAUGCGUUCCUCCGCCCGCGGCCGCGGCCGCCUCCUGCUGCUCCUCCUCCUCGCCGCCGGUGCGCCGGCGGCGCCGGCGGCGGCGGAGGUGGCCACCUGCAAGGCGUGGCUGGUGCAGUCCAUCCCCACCGACAUGCCCCACCUGCGGCGCGUCCCCGGUGUCCUCUCCACUGCGGAUGUGCUGCAAUGGCUAUCUGGGAAUGCUACAAAAAGCCUGGAUGUCCUUGCUCAAUACUGGCAGUUCUUAGCUCAACCUAAGAACCCUAAAUCAGGCGAUUAUGGGUACUCUGAGAGUGAAAUGGUAAGGUUCGGAGCUGACAAGGGGCAACGGGUUUAUAAGGCACUGGAGAAAGCUGCAGAUCGUAAGAUCAAAAUCAGGAUUGUGCAACACUCUGGAUUUGCGCCUGAUUUUGACAAAGAGAGUGCUGAUCUCGCUGCAGGAAGACCAAAUGUACAAAAUGUAACCUUACUUUUUGGUGAUUGGUGGGGCUCUGGUGUUGUGCAUGCAAAAGUGUGGAUAUCUGACAAAAAGGAUGUGUAUAUUGGAUCUGCAAACAACGAUUGGAAAUCCCUUAGUCAGGUGAAAGAGCUUGGGAUUUAUUUUGCUGAUUGUCCACAGAUAGCAAAAACUGUGGAAAUAUACUUUCAAAAUCUUUGGAAACUUUCAACUCUCAACUCAACUGCUUACACCAAAGUUGCCUGGGACAAGCAAUGGCAAGCUUUUAGAAAAGUGCCAUGCUGGUCACAUUUUCUAAAACCAGAAGAAAGAUGCAGGUCACCUCUUCCACCCUCUGUUGAUGUCCCAUAUGUGGAUGGCUAUCCGUCACUUGCCAAUCCUAAAAUGCUUGAUUUUUCAUUUGAAACCCCUGGGUAUAAGAGCUCUACUAAGGAACACCACUUGAGCUAUCUUUCAUAUGCUCCUCCUGAGCUUUCAUUUGACAAGUUCCAGGCAGAUGAGCAGGGUUGGCUUGACACCAUCAAGUCUGUCAAAUUCGGGGGAGUGGUGCGGAUAAGUACUAUGGACUGGCUGGGACAGUCGCAAUAUGCAACUCAAACAGUGUUCUGGCCAUCCUUGUCAUCAGCAAUAUCAGAGGUAAUAUUCUCAAAGAAUGCAACUGUAAGGAUCCUCGUAGCCUACUGGACGCACUUCAUCCCGAACACCGAAAAGUACUUGAAGAGCCUUCUAUACUCAAACAUCCUCUGCACAUCUUCCAGCUACAACCACUGCAUGGGCAAGGUUGAGAUCAAAUACUAUGUGGUUCCUGGGUACAACAAGACCGGACCUGCAUUGGCGCAAGGCGCUGCGACGGGGAAUCGCUACCCUGAUUUCACCCGGGUGAACCAUGGCAAGUACGCCGUCAGCGAUGUGAGGGCGAACAUCGGCACCAGCAACCUCAUCUGGGAUUACUUCUACACCACAGCCGGUGUCAGCUUCGGAACAUACAGCCCCGCCAUUGUUUCGCAGCUGCAGGAUAUCUUUGAUGCAGAUUGGUUUUCUCCAUACACUGUACCUGUAAAACCACUGGAAGCAUCUGCAUAAUAUCAGGUGAUCAUUUCAGUUAGGAGUAGGUCUUUUUUCACUUAUUGCCAAUAAAGAACGUCACGGAGUGAGCUGGACAGUUGCAGGACAGAAACGCCAUUCAACAGGAGAUCACAUGCAUCAACAACAUUAGGAGUUUCACUGCUCGUUUUUGUCAAGAAUCUGCAGAUAUUUUUUUUUCGUUUCUCCAAUAAGUUAGUUUACAGAAAUUUUACUUCCCAGAUGAGAAGUGUAAACUUUCAGAAAACAUUGUACAAGUGUAAAUUUUACUACCUCUUGAGCAUUGCCUCAUCUAAUCAAUUUGAGAGCAUCGAGUUUAUUCAGA